AUGACCAGUUACAACAACCUGAGUAAAGAGAGAGACCAGCUACAGACCAUCCGCAACAACCUGAUUAACAAGAAAGACCAGCUACAGACCAGCCACAACAACCUGAGUAAAGAGAGAGACCAGUUACAGACCAGCCGUAACAGCCUAACUAAGGAGAGAGACCAGCUACAGACCAGCCGUAACAACCUGAUUAACAAGAGAGACCAGUUACAGACCAGCCGUAACGACCUGAUUAACAAGAGAGACCAGUUACAGACCAGUUGUAACAACCUAACUAAAGAGAGAGACCAGUUACAGAGUGAAACAGAAAGUCUGAAAGAGUCGUUAUCGGGCAAAGGGUACUGUCCGCAAUAAUGGAUGAAGUUUGGCUGCAGCUGUUACUACCUCUCCACUCUGAAUCGAAACUGGGAGGAGAGCAGACUGGACCACUGCUUUCAAUAAAUAACUUCAAUAAAUAAUUAUCUUCUCUUCUGUCUCUCCCUUCCCUCUCUUCACCUCUUAUCUCCUCUCCUCUCUUCUGUUCUCUCAAUUCCUCUCCUCUGUUCUCCUCUAAUUUCUUCCCCUCUCCUCUCCGCUCAUUUCAUUACCUCUCCUUUCAUUUCCUUUCCCCUCCUCCUCUCCCCUCCGCCUCUGAAGCCCCAGAUCCAUUCUACCAGUCGGUACUGUAUCAGAGCAGCUGGUGUCUCUUGGUGAUCCACAGGUGGCACCAAACACACAUCCUCUAGGCAACCUCUUAUCACUCAGGUUCAACCCAGAGAGAGAGCUUUGGGAAAUAUUUGCAUACUCAUCUUAGACAUCUCUCUCUCUCGCUCUCUCUCAUGCACAUGCAUACACACACACACUAUCUCUCUCUCUCUCACAAACACACACACACACCCCAAAGGGUUGGAAGCAAAGGGUCAGCCAUGGUACAGCGCCUUUGUAAAAAGCAGAAGUGAAAGGUCUUUUUACACGCUAUCUCUGCCUCUCUUUCUCGUAAAAUGUAUAUAUGACCAUCUAGCAUGGUUUCUGCUAUAUUCCCCUGCCAGCUACUACUCUCCAGGAAAUCCUAUUAAAGCCAUUAUCAUACAUUCUCUCCUGUCAGCCAUUGGAGAGCUGACUGACAGUUUGAGAGAGAAAGUGGAUGAAGAUAAUGUAUAAUGGAAAAAGAUGGAGUCUUGGUACAAUAUGGGCCCCUAUUUUUCUGUUAUUGGUAAUGGACACUUGACCUUUCAUUCUUUAAAACACAAAGCUCUGUAUCUCAACACCUGCACAUUGUUUGCCCGCACUCAAAUGCAUGUGUGCAGUUAGGCUGUAGACAGGGCACCAGGUUAGACACUGGCACACAUGCACACAUGCAUGUGUACAGUUAGGCUGUAGACAGGGCACCAGGUUAGACACUGGCACACAUGCACACAGACACACACACACACACACACACGCACACACACACACACACACACACACACACACACACACACACACAGACACAGACAGAGAGACGGUAUUGUUUAAUGUAAGUGACUAAGUGGUGUUUGACCUGUGUUUAGUGAAGUAAACAGACAUACAGACAGUAGACAUGGAGUAGAACCCUGGGGACAGGCUCAGAGAGAGAGAGAGAGAGAGAGAGAGAGAGAGAGAGAGGAGGGAGAGAGAGAGGAGGGAGAGAGAGACAGAGAGAGAGAGAGAGCGAGCGAGAGAUAGCGAGGAGAGAGAGGAGAGAGAGGAGAGAGAGCGAGAGAGAGAGAGGAGAGAGAGAGAGGAGAGAGAGAGAGAGAGAGAGAGGAGAGAGAGAGAGAGAGAGGAGAGAGGAGGGCGAGCUGAACAAGCUUUUGAUUGGGCUCCCUUGGAGGGCCAUUGUUGAGGUUUAGGAUGCCUGGUUGUCCCUUAUGGAUGAAUCCUGCUUGUGCUCCUAUCGAGCGCUCUAAAAGCCUCCACCAGUGGGAUCAUCAUGUGUGCCAACAGCCAUGCAGCGUGGAACACCAACCAGCGUGGAACACCAGCCAGCGUGGAACACCAGCCAGAAUGGAAAACCAGCCAGCAUGGAACACCAGCUAGCAUGGAACACCAGCUAGCAUGGAACACCAGCUAGCAUGGAACACCAGCUAGCAUGGAACACCAGCUAGAGUGGAACACCAGUCAAUAUGGAACAAAUAGAGGCUUAACACUGCUUAGGGACAGGCAGCUCCAUGUCUCUGUCUGCCUGACUGUCUGUCUGUAUGUCUGUCUGUCUCGCUCUGUCUGCCUAACUGUCUCUAUAUGCCUGUCAUUUGAAGUGAAAUAGUACAUGGUAUCCUUGUAAAGAUAAUGAAUAUGAGGUAAUAAAAUGCUGAAGUUCCUCUUUAAACAAAGUUGACCACCGGAGUUUCACAUAGUGUGAAGCAAACUAUUAAAAUCUUCUGAGAAAGACGCAAACAUACAUUUCCCACACCAGGCAGGUAUCAAUUGAUAAGCCACAUAAAGUGAACCUUUUGCGAAGUGAUGUCAAUGCAUUGUGUUCAAUGUGUGUGUGUGUGAGUGUGUCUGUGAGCGUGUGUGUGUGUACGUAUGUGUGUGUGUGAGAGUGUGGUGGGUAUGGGUGCAGGUAGACAGCCAGUGAUCACUGCAUGAAAAUAGGUGUUUCCGGGUAUUUUCCAAACUGUACACAUUCAGUGAAAUUUGUCGUGAGCGGGUGCACACUCCUGACCACGCACUGGCACAAGCAUUUCAGGGAUCGUACACUCCCGAUGUAAAAAAGGCCAUUCGUUUUCACCUAACCUUCCCCAGAGUCCCAUUAAGGUGGAUAUCUCUCCAUCUCAGCUGUCAAUCACAGCUCUGAAGUUUCAGCCAAUCAGGAUGCCUGAAUGCACAUUUGGACACUGCACCCGCCCACUCUAGCUCAGAGUGUUUAUGUCGUUCCAAAAAGAAGACGCAGGUUUUGGCUUGCGACCAAGGUUUUUCAUUGUGUUUACUAGGAAGAUUGUGCGUGCAUCCAAGAAAGUGAGUUGUGGGGUUUAUUGUUGGGAUGUUUUAUGCUACGCAAUGAUGAUUGACUGCAAGUAAUUUACAGUAAGUUACCAUGUAACAUCUGUAACUGUAUUAUUGUACUGCUGUUAUCCUGCAGUUUAUGUACAUUUCAGAUACUCCAUGUGCAUGUUGUUUAUAUUGCCUAAGUGCCAGUAUCACCUUGAUUGCAUGAGUAUCUGCGCAGUGGAUGCAUAUUUGUGUAGAGUCAUUUGUAUAGUCUGUAUGCGCAUGAUACCGCAGCGUUUUCAUAGUAGCCAUUAUUGUUGCCAUUUGCAUGUGCAAGGGCAAGACUCUAGAACAGUCUAGAUUAGAAGGUUCAGACCUGGAGCUUGUGCAGGUGCAGUAUAAUUUAUGACUCCAGAGACAGAUCUGAUAAGAUCCCCACCAGGUCUGAGAGGGACAUAAAUCUAGCAUGUCAGAGUAAUUACUUAUCGCUCUCUCUCUCUCCAGUGAGAUGUUUAUACACAUGUUGAUGUUUAUUUGCUGUGUGAAUAUCCCUGUUCAGAUGUAAUGUUAGGACAUUCAUUCCUGUAUAGAUAUUCCUAUUGUUUAUUUUCCAACACUGUAUAUCUGUUCUUACCUUUCAGAACCACAAGUCCAUUCCUAAUUGUAACCACAAAGAUACUUCAAUGAUGCGUGUGUGUGCAACUGUGUGGUGGUGACCUAGAGAAUAAAGCUCUGGGUAUGAAAACAUCUGCCUGGUUCCUGCCGGACUGCCUGUAGUGGGUCAGACCAAAGUAAAGUCAGCAUUACGUCAUUAGCUGGUGAGGGCUCAGAAGCCAACCGCUCAGACGGCUCCAGCUGGCUGUUUUUACACCCAAUUACGCAUUAACAAGGAUUUCUGGGAUAGUACACUCCCGAUUCAUGUAUGUUAACUUAAACUGACAUUUUCUGGUGUGUAAACUGCAUGACAUUUGCGCUUGGAAAGAGUAGACAUCAUAGCGUAAUAUCAGUACACACCCAACCAACUAGCUAGUACCACUCACGUUGGGGCGGGAAUAUUUGAAUUUCAGUGUCAGUUAGCUAGAGAGAUCCACUUACGUCCGUAGAGAUCCACUCACUGCCUGUCCGCAAUAUUAGCUGUGAUUUCAAUGAGAAGACUUCAACAACACUUUCAACAAAGUCGACUACGAAGGACUUCAAAAUAACCGAUGUAAGGGAACAAUGUACACAGUAGGUCUAAUGUUAGUGUGGUGGCUGUACAUUUCAAGUAUUUACUAGCUAGCUAACAUUAGUCAGCUGAAUUAAGUGCCAGUGAUGAAUAAACAUAUUUUAGCUAGCUAGCUACUUUGUGUGAAGCAGGAUUUUAGGGGCUAGUUGUUGCAAGCUAGCUAACUUUGAUCUUGUGAGUGUAGGGAAAAAACGUGUGAUUAAUAUUGAAGCAUAGAGGUGUUUUAUGGAGACAUAAAAAAAUAUUGUACUCAAUAUCCCUACACCCCAGUCUCCUCUGCUUCCUCCCAGGGAGGAGGAACACCCUAAACCCCUCGCUCCGGGACUCACAGGUCAGUCUUGGGGUGACCAUGUUGGGGUGACAUUUUUUUAGUCUUUGGAAGAUUAUUUAAAAAUGAACAUUUUUAAUAAAUAACAUGAGGUUAUGGCAUAACAGCUCAGUUAGAGUUGAGCAAUUAUCCAUGUGUUGUUAUUAUAAAAAAGUAUAUAUUUUUUAUAUUAAUUAGGAUCGCAAUCAAUGUGGCAACUUUGGUAUUAUCAAAACCCUCUGUAAUUGUGUUUCUGUCAGACAUGUUGUAUACAGCACUGGGUCGUUGACCAGCAGUGGCUACCCUCCCCAGGACAUGUUGCCCUCCUGUUCCUCCUCUGCUGUCUCUUCCUCAGUCGGGGCAUACAAAGCUCCCCGUUACCCGGAGGACCCCCAUGCACCUCCUCAAGAACCCUAUCACAAGGGUCACCCCACGAACCCCCCUACUGCCCCCUUACAUCCUAAUGAGCCCCAGCUCUACCCACAUAUGCAUUGCCACCCCCUGCACCCCAGUACGAGCAGCCCCCUCUGGCAGAACGGGACAGAGAGAAGGACAGGGACAGAGACCGGGACAGGGACUCAGGAGGGAGGUAUGGUGCCAGUGGGAUCGGCUCUAGAAGUGAAUCUUACCAGGAGGCCAACUCUUCUUCAAAGUAUUCCCACCACUCGCAUCACUCAGAGUGAGAGUGAGGGGAGAGGGGCUAAAGACGGGACAACAUGGGCUCCAGAGACCACUGCAGACACCGUAACCACCACUCACACAACCAUAGCCGCAGCAGUAGCAGCAGAGCAGCCAUGA